ACCCAGCGGUGCCGCUGUCCCGGCUCAUUCCAGCCGCGGGAGGAGCGCGGGUCACGCGGAUCCUCGGGAAUCCAGCGCCGCCAGCGGCACCGGGCACUUUGCCUUCACCUUCCCCACAUCCAGCUCCGGUUGAAUUCCCCCUUUUCCGGGACAGCCCCAUCCCGGAGAUCCUGCGAGCAGGGAUGAGCCUCGCUCCCCUGAGCCGGGAAUCCUCAGCCCUUUCCCUCUGAGCCGCUCCCGUUGGGUUUGGACCCAAAUCCCGGAGCCUGGCAGCGAGCUGCCUCCUCUCGGAGCGCGGGGGCGGAACGGCGCUGCGGGGAGAAACCGGGAAAGACAGGAACGCAAGGGAAGGGAAGAGGCUCGCGUGGCUCCUCGGGUGCCGGGAACGCGGCGAUCCCUUGGCCGGGCUGGAGCUGAGCCCCUUCCCAUGGUUUCUGGGCUCGGGGUUCCCAGGGAGGAGCCUUCCAGCGAGGGUUCCCGCUGCCUCAUCCCGAGGAUGCUCUUCCCGCUGCUCAUCCUGGCGCUCGGCCGGGCAGGAGCCGUGGAGCUGCGGGUGCCGGAGGAGCCGGUGCUGGCGCUGUUCGGCCAGGACGCCACGCUGCGCUGCUCCUUCUCCCCCGACGCCGACUUCAGCGUGGCCGAGCUGAGCCUCAUCUGGCAGCUGACGGACACCAAGGGCCUGGUGCACGGCUUCUCGGGGGGCCGGGACCGGCUGCAGGACCAGGGCCGCGGCUACGCCAACCGCACCUCGCUCUUCUACGACCAGCUGGCGCUGGGCAACGUGUCGCUGCUGCUGCGGCGCGUGGAGAUCGCCGACGAGGGCAGCUUCACCUGCUUCGUGCGCGUGCGCGACUACGACAGCGCCGCCGUCACGCUGCAGGUGGCGGCUCCUUACUCCAAGCCCAGCGUGCACCUGGAGCCCAGCAAGGACCUGAAGGCGGGUGACACGGCGGUGGUGACGUGCCACGCCUCCCGUGGCUACCCGCAGGCCAGCGUGCUGUGGCAGGACAGCCGGGGUGCCAACCUGACCUCCAACGUCAGCACGCUGCAGGUGGCCAACGAGCAGGGGCUGUUCGAGGUGCGCAGCGUGCUGCACGUGCUGGUGGAGCCCAGCGUCACCUACUCGUGCCUGGUGCUCAACGCCCUGCUGCAGCAGCGGGGCCACGCCUCCGUCACCAUCACGGGCCAGCCCCUGGCGCUGCCGGCGGCGGCGCUGUGGGUGACGGUGGCGCUGGCCGUGUGCGUGGUGCUGCUGCUGGCCGUGCUGGCCUUCGUGUGCCACCAGAAAAUCCGGGACAGCUGCCGGGAGGACGCGGAGCAGACGGGGCCAGAGGAGCGGGAUGAGGAGGGGGAGGAGCCCAAGACAGCUCUGCAGCUGCUGGAAAACGUAGAGAGCAGAGAAGGUCGGGAGCAGGAGAUUGAUUGACGAGCCCGGGGCGCCCCAGAGCUGCUGCCCCCAUCCCAUCCCAUUCCCUGCCUCCCUUCCAGGCCUGUCCUUCCCAGUGGGGUGAGGAUGUGUCCCUGUGUGUCCAUCCUGGGGUGACAUUCUCCAUUUCCCUGCCUGCCCAAGCCCAGUCAGAGCACUGGGAGCAGGGCUGGGCCGUGUGGGGACGCUCCUUGCCCCAUGUGCCACACUGGGUGUCCCUCCACACUCCUUCUGGCCUUAAACUCUGAGUCCUGCUGGGAUUUGUCCCACUGGACGUUUUUGGGAAGGGCAGGGCAAGGGGGCACCUGCUGGCCGGGUGUAGUCCUGCUCUGGGGCAUUCCCAGCUCGUUAUUCCCGUGGGGUUGGUGCUGUUGGGGACACAGGUACACCCCAAGUGCUGCUGGACUGUCCCUAUCCCAGUGCUGCUCCUGCUCCAGAGUGGGGCAAGUCCCCAAGGGCUCCUUGGGUUGAGUCCUUUAAAAUCCUGGGAUCUGGAGGGUUUCUUGUGCCUUGACAAAUAAAUUUGGGACCGUGUUGGUC